AUGUUGCUUCAUCAUCUUGCCAUUUUCACAUUAUUCGUUACCACCACCGCGUUAAUCGACUGUUCCGAGGAAGACACAUGCUUUGGAGAACCGUACGAUUGUGAUCCGGAAACUCAAUGCAACUCGCUCUUUCACUUUGACACCGCUGGAAACUUGCACCUGUAUCUUCGAAACUUCACUGAUUCGUACGGAUACGCCGCGUUUGCUACUCAAACUCACCCGGACGAGAUCAUCGAGUACUUCAUUUGUCUGCCUCACCAAGGACAACGUCUUCGUGCGCUCGCUGAGCUUGGAGGAAUUGUUUUGGUAACUGAUCAGAAUCUGACUGGCGUUGUUGAGCUCCUUGGCGAAAACUAUUUCCGAUGCAUCUUCAACGUGUCCGAGCUUCCAAAACAAUUCCAAAACGAGCAGAUUUUCUUCGUCUCCAAAGGAACAUUUGAUGAGACCCUUGUCAUUUACGACGGUGAACAACUGUUCAACCUAGAUCGCUUCGAGGAUAGCGAUGAGGAUUUGGAAGACAACGACGUUCUUCCUGUGGCUUAUCAAAUUUCAUCCAAAAUCCAUCAUCGUUCCAUGGAAGAUGUGCUUAGCUCAGACGACAAAAACACCAUGUCCGAUGCUAUCAAUAAUCUUCCCAAGUCUUCUUCAAAGAGCAAAGAUGAUGUUGAACUGGAAAAGAUUGCUCGUUCUUCCAGACAUAUUCGUGUCAGACACACUCGUCGCAAUGAGGAUGAAGACGUUGAAGAAGACGACAAUGAGGAGCAUCAUCAGAGACAUCACAAACUCCACCGUGCUCAUAAACAGGAAGAGUCGUUUGAUGCUGAGAAUUCCGACAUUCCAAAAAGCAAAAAGGGAAGACGUCACCACGACGAAAAAUCCCAGCCACGUCAUAAACAUUCCAAAAAAUCAGUUAUUGAAGAGGAAGAAUACGAUAAUCAAGAAUAUGCUGACGACGAAAAUGCCGAUGCAAGCAACAACAUCAAUUAUUCAUUUGCCUGCGUGAUUAUUGCUGGAUUGUUGCGUUAUCGUUUUUGA